AUGGAGGAAGUUAGAGAGGUCAGUUCGCACGUUGGCGCAUCGUCUCUGCCACCAGCACGCGUCCGUGCAAGUCUCAAAGAGGCAGCCAAAACAUUGGGCGGGAGUAGAUGUCUUAUCAAUGACCUGGCCCUCGAAGUUCUGGGUAUGAUUCUUUUAUAUGCUGUCGAACCUAUGGAUACUCCAUCCGGGAACAUGAUUUGGCCACCGGCCACACUGAUAUCGAAGUUCGCUGUCGAGGACUUGAAGAAUGUCUGCGGGGGCUGGCGCGCGAUCUGCCUCACUAUGCCCGCCUUGUGCAACACCAUCUAUGAUAACCGUUAUUCUAGGCUCGAGCCAUCUGUUGUGGAAGCUGUGGUGAAGCACAGAACGCUGCCGCUGAAUGUCUGUGUCAAUCGAGACUAUCCAAGUCCUGCAAUAAUGAAAUUGUUUCAGACGUGUGGCUCGCGGGUGAGGAACCUGCAUGUUUACUCAUCUAGGGACCUCUCUCUACAACUCCCAUUGCGGUGUCUGGAAUACUGCACAAACUUCCAGGCUCCUGCACUCGAACACCUGACAAUAAACGGGGAUGCUUUUGACGGUGGUUUCUUGACGCCAACACUCUUCCAGGGUCAAGUGCUGCACCUGAAGACGCUAUCGCUGUGGAACUCGGCCUGGCUACCUGCCAAUCGCUUUAACAGUCUCACCCAUCUCUUUAUUUCGACCUCCAUCAGACAGAGUACUCGCGUACCGUCGGAUCGCAAUAUCAGAUGGGCCAUGCGUGACCUGCUCUCGUUCAUAUCUGGAUGUCCAAACUUGGAGGAUCUGUUGCUCUGGAACAUACUCUUGGGCUGCCCACCGGCGAUCGAUACUUCCGCUGUGACCUUGCGGCGCCUUAAGCGAUUUGCGAUCGGUCGGCCGUCCCCAGAGCAUGCCACUUGGCUUCUCCGGCACAUUAUGUGUCCAGCGGAUUCGGUAGCAAUACGCAUCCUCAACAUGUCCUGCAAAACCAAUCAGCUCAGGGCUUUACUUCCUACGCUCCCUCUGCUCGAUGCACGGAUCGCACAGAUUCAGAAGACUUUCAACAGGCUCUCCGUCUCUUUUGCAAAUGGGUCUUCUGCAGUCAGCAUCGAGAUUGACUGCUGGCCUAAAUGGAACGCAACGAGCUGGCCAACCCUGUGGGCAUCGUGGCCGAGGCUCGCGGGCGUGCGCGAGUUGUACCUGGUAGGUAUGGAGGUAGUGUUGACGGAACACUUUGCAGGUAUCCCUUCGCUGCUAAGGCAGCUCUCUGCACUGGUGACGCUCGUCUACUGCGAUAUCGGGCCGCCCGACAAGCUGUUGAAGUACCUCUCCCAAACACUGCACGGCAUGCCCUGCCCGCGCCUGGAGACGCUCCAUAUUUACAGGCCCGAAGAUAUGCCCGUGAAUAUCGUGGAGCUCGUCGAGUUCAUGGAGGCGCGUGCGUGCGCUGGGUACAAGCUGCGCAGGCUCAUCUUGGAGUUCUCAGCGGAGGUACCGGACGGUCUGCGCGCCAGCGUCGGAAGGCUAGGCGAUCUGGUGGAGAUCGUGGAGGUGCGAGAGAACGGUGGAGUGGGCCCGCGGGCGCCAUGGCCGGCGGUGUGCUCGGAGACAACGCACAAGUCGUUCUGGCCGGCUUGGUAG